AUGCAUUUGUAUAAUUUAACUUUGCAACAUCAAACUGCAAUUAACCAAGCUGUUCAUGGUAAUUUUUCCGGGACGCCAAAAUCUCAAGAAAUUGUUGUUGGUCGUGGUUCGUCGAUUGAAUUAUUAGUUUGUGAUCCAACUACGGGAAAGAUAAAAACAAUUUGUCAUCAUGAUGUAUUUGGAAUAAUCAGAUCUCUUUUAUCUUUUCGAUUAACAGGAGGAACACGAGGUAAGUAUAGUAUAAAGAAUUUAUAUUUUGAAGUAAAUAACUAAUCUAAAAAUUAUUUAGAUUACGUGGCUGUUGGAUCAGAUUCUGGUCGGAUUGUUAUUUUAGAAUAUAGUAGUGAGAAAAAUGCGUUCGAAAGAGUUCAUCAAGAAACUUUUGGAAAAACUGGAUGUCGUCGAAUUGUUCCUGGUCAUUAUUUAGCUGGAGAUCCAAAAGGAAGAGCCAUUAUGAUUGGAGCUGUUGAAAGACAAAAGUUAGUUUAUAUCAUGAAUAGAGAUGCUGAAGCACAUUUAACUAUUUCAUCUCCUCUCGAAGCACAUAAACAUUAUACAUUAUGUUAUGCAAUUGUUGGAAUUGAUGUUGGUUUUGAAAAUCCAACAUUUGCUUGUCUUGAAUACGAUUAUGAAGAUUGUGACAAUGAUCCAACUGCAGUUUCUGUCAAAAAAACACAACAAACAUUGACAUUUUAUGAAUUGGAUCUUGGUUUAAAUCAUGUUGUUCGUAAAUACGCAGAACCUCUUCAAGAUCCUGGUAAUCUUUUGAUUGCUGUUCCUGGAGGAAAUGAUGGACCAUCUGGUGUUAUUAUUUGUUGUGAAGGUUAUCUUGUUUAUAAAAAUCUUGGAGAUCAGCCAGAUAUCAGAUGCCCAAUACCAAGAAGAAGAGUUAGUUUGUUUUUAGAAGAAUUAUAACAAUCUAUUUUCUUUUUUUUUCAGAAUGAUUUGGAUGAUCCAGAUAGAACUUUGAUGAUUAUUUGUUCAGCAACACACAAAACUAAAUCAAUGUUUUUCUUUUUGGUUCAAACUGAACAAGGUGAUAUUUUCAAAGUAACAUUAGAAACAGACGAUGAUUUGGUUACUGAGAUGAAGCUCAAAUAUUUUGACACCGUUCCACCAGCAAAUUCUCUUUGUAUUCUCAAAAGUGGAUUUUUGUUUGUUGCAGCUGAAUUUGGAAAUCAGUGAGUUUUGUCAUUCAUAAUUAGUUUUUCAAUCAAGCGUGUAUCUUUUCCAGUGAAUUGUAUCAAAUUGCAAAUUUGGGAGAUGAAGAAGAAGAUGAAUUUUCAUCAAGAACAACAUUGGAAGAAGGAGAAACAUUUUUCUAUGGAAUUCGUGAAUUGAAGUGCCUUCUUCAUAUUGAUACAAUUGAUAGUUUAUGCCCAUUAACUGAUGCUGUGGUAAAUAAUAUUUUCUAGAAUAAUUUAUCUGAAAUUUCUAUAUUUUUCCAGAUUGGUGAUGUUGCUAGAGAAGAUGCUGCUCAGAUUUAUUCGCUUGUUGGUCGAGGGCCUCGUUCAAAAUUGAAAGUAUUAAGAAAUGGUCUUGAAGUGAAUGAAAUGGCUGUUUCUGAAUUGCCCGGAAAUCCAAAUUCUGUUUGGACAGUCAAGAAAAAUGUGGAAGAUCGAUUCGAUUCUUUCAUUGUUGUUUCAUUCGUUAAUGCAACUCUUGUUUUGACAAUUGGUGAAACUGUAGAAGAAGCAAGUGAUUCUGGAUUUUUGCCAACUUCGCCAACAUUAGGAUGUGGAUCUAUUGGAGAUGAUUCUUUGAUACAAGUGAGUAGUUUUCAUUGGAAGAAAAUAAAAGAGAGAGGGGAAUUUUUUAAUUAGGAAUUUGAAAACUCACAUCGAAAUCCUUGAAUCAAAAUAUAAGCAAUUUUUCAGGUUUAUCCAGAAGGAAUUCGUCACAUCAAAGCUGAUAAGCGUGUUAAUGAAUGGAAAACUCCCCCAAGAAGACAAAUUGUGAAAUGUGCAAUGAAUAGAAGACAAGUUGCAAUUGCUAUGACUGGUGGAGAAGUUGUUUAUUUUGAAUUGGAUUUGGUAAGAGUUUCUAAUUUUCUCAACUAGAAUUAUUUUAUUUUUACAGAAUAACACUUUGAACGAGUUUACCGAACGUAAAUUAUUCAAUUCGGAUGUUUCUUGUAUUUCAUUUAGUGAAAUUGCGGAAGGAGAAUUGAAUUCGAGAUUUUUGGCAAUCGGAACUGUUGAUAGUUCUGUUCGAAUUAUAUCACUUGAUCCAAAUGAUAUGUUAAUGCCUUUAAGUACACAAAACUUGCCAUGUCCAGCUGAAUCUCUUCUUUUAAUUGAUACUCCAAAUGAAGAUGGAAAAGGAGCUGCAACAAUUCAUUUGAAUAUUGGAUUGCAAAAUGGUUUCUUGUUCAGAAAUACAGUUGAUAAUGUGACUGGAGCAAUUAUGGAUACAAGAACAAGAUAUUUAGGAACAAGACCGGUCAAAUUAUUUAAGGUUCGUUUAUUUUUUGAAAAUAAAGUUAAGUUCGAGAAUGAAAAAUAAAACCAUUAUUUUUGUAGGUAAUUUGUCAAGGAAGAUCAGCUGUUUUAUGCACAUCUUCUCGUUCUUGGCUUCUUUAUUAUCAUCAAAGACGAUUUAAUUUAACUCCUCUCAGUUAUACAAAUCUUGAAUAUGCAGCCAGUUUUAAUUCAGAACAAUGUGCUGAAGGAAUUGUUGCGAUUGCUGAAAAUACACUUCGUAUUAUAUCUGCUGAUAAACUUGGUGUUGCAUUUAAUAUUCAAUCAUUUAAACAAAAAUACACGCCAAGAAAAGCAGUUGUUCAUCCAAAUGCAUCUUCGAUUAUUACAAUUGAAACUGAUCAUGCAAGUUAUACUGAAACAACAAAAACAAUGAAAAGAAAUGAAAUGGCUGAUGUAAGUUGCUCUUUUUUUUCUUUUAAUAUUUUAUACAUGAUGAUUCGAACUAUCAUUUUAGAUCUGAAAAUGUCCACCUUUUAGUUCGAAAUUUUGAAUAUCUAACUGGAUAAUUUACACAUUUUUUUAAUAUUUGAAAACAAUUUCUUUUUCAAAAACUCGAGAUUUUCGGCAGAAAUAUAAUUCUGCUCUUUUUGUUAUUUUCAUCCUCAUCCAAAAAAACAUAUUUUUUCGUACACUCACCUUUGAUUUUCGGGGUUUUACUUUUUGUUUAACCACUUUUGAGAUUCAUUCAUAUAGAAACAAUAAAUUUUAUUUAUUGAAAAAGUGCCCGAUUUCUGAACAUUUCUGCUAAAUGAAAACGAAAAUUAUUUUCUCAAAAUACACGUGACACUAUUUUGCAAUUUGGAGGUUCCAUUUCUAAAAAAUGUUUCUUGGAUAAAAAAUAAAGGUUUUGUACAAAGUUAUUAUAUUUCAGGAUAUCGAGAGAUUAGCAAAUGAUAAUGAAGAAAUGCAAUUGGCAAAAGAAAUUGCAGAUGGAUUGCGAACUAAUAUUCCAGAUGAAACAACGUUUGGAGCACCAAAAGCAUCGAAAGGAAAAUGGGCAUCGGCAGUCAGUUUGAUCAAUGUUCAAUCUGGAGAGACUAUGUCAUUUUUUGAAUUUCCACAGGAUGAAAAUGCUAAAUGGUGAGAUAAGAGGGAAAUUGGAAUGUUGAUAUGAAAACAUACAAUGUUGUGGUGUCAAAAAAUAAUGUAUCAAGAAUUCGUCAGAAUAAAAAAAAUUGAAAAAUUAUGAAACAGUUUUGGAAAAUAUUUCACUCUGGAAUUGCACUUUCUAGUUGUCGUAAUUAAUAUUUUUCACGACUAAAAAACUUUCACCUGUUGGCCUUUGAAUCCUUACAAAAAAUAAUCUGGAAUGAGCUCAAAACUUUUGAGGGGCUGGAACAAUAGGAAGUUGAUGGCCCAAAACGAUUUGGGAUUCACCAAAAAAAAACUUUACCAAUUCCUGUGGAUUUUAAUUUUUAACUCAUAUUUUCAAGCCAAAUUUAUUUACAGUGUCGCUUUGGUUCAAUUUGCUCGACAUCCAGAUUCAAUAAUGAUAUUAGUUGGUUGUGGAGUAAAUGAGAGUUUACAACAAUUCCAAACUUCAACAAAUCCUCUAAAACCAGUCAAAGGAUGUGUUUAUACAUUCCAUUUAUCACCAAACGGAGAUCGAUUUGAUUUUCUUCAUAGAACAGAAACACCAUUAGUAAGAUGAUUUUAUUUUAUUUGUUUAUUAUGUUAUUUUUUGCAGCCUGUUAGCGCUCUUCAUGAUUUUCGUGGAAUGUCUCUUGUUGGAUUUGGAAAAUAUCUUCGAAUGUAUGAUAUUGGACAGAAAAAAUUGUUGGCAAAAUGUGAAAACAAGGUUAGUUCUGUUUUUCUGCUUUUUCUCCUACUUCCUCUCUUUUUAGAAAAUAGACUAUAUUUGGUUUAUUUCCGACCAAAAUUUAUUUGCUCUUAAAAAUGGGCACAUAUGUGUCUCUAGCAAUUUGAUUUGAUUAUAUAUGUGUAUAUUUAUACAUAUAUUUUUCGCCGCGCGCAAAUUAUGAUCUUUCAAAAUAAUGUUUCUGAGAAGGAAGAAAAAGUAAUAAGGAAAUACAUUUUAUAUUAUUAAAUUUCGUUUAAUUUAAUAAUAGGCUCAAGUCAAAAUUGACCAUUAGUCAUUGAAAUAUUUUUUAUUUUUAUUAGUCAUAUUUGAAAAAAUGA